UCAAUCUGUUGGUGGUUUCUUCCAAACGGAAACAGAAGCGUUGACUGGCGCUGCAGAGAAUUCACUUCCUUGAAGAUCUGAAAGCAGUAUAGCAGAGACGUCUCAGACAGCGCAACACUGCAACUACAAUCCCCCUAACAAAUCUCCAGCUUUGCACAAAUUCACAAAAUGACUAGAAAAGCCAGAAUAUGAGUGAGAGCAUCCUGAAUUUGGCAAGAAUCAAUGACCCAUGUCUGGUUUAAUCCGGUCAGAGACUCUGCAACAUGAGCAGUGCUCAGAAAUUCACCCUCUGUUUCAUGGUGGUUGUGUUUCAACUGGUAAGCUCCAUUUCAUUUGGUGCGGAUGGGUCCUACCUAGAUGAAAGAAAUGCUCUGUUUCAACUGAGGGAUUCUCUUAAUUCAACAAUUGAUUUGCAUUCAAAUUGGACGGGUCUGCCGUGUUAUGGCGAUUGGAGUAAUUGGGCAGGAAUCAGCUGUUCGAAUUGGCAUGUUAUCCAAAUUUCCCUGGAUGGGAUCCAGUUGACAGGUUCCUUACCGCCAAUGUUUCUUCAAAACCUUACUUUCUUGAGUAGACUUAGCUUGCGAGACAAUUCACUCUUUGGCUUUCUUCCCAAUUUUACAAAUCUUGACCACCUGCAAUACAUCAUCCUCUCCCAUAACCGCUUCUCAGGUUCAAUCCCACCAAAGUUAAUCAACUUGCCAUUAUUAGCUACGCUAGAGCUGCAAGAGAAUACUCUUACAGGGAAUAUCCCACCUUUUAAUCAAUCCAACUUAACAGUCUUCAAUGUUUCAUAUAAUCUCCUUCAAGGCUUGAUACCUAAAACCCCCAUUCUUCAAAGGUUUCCCUUGAGUUCCUUUGACUAUAAUUCACAACUUUGUGGGAACCCGUUGAAACAGUCAUGUCCUAUUAUUCCUGAUCCAGUCAGUCCAACGCUUCCUUCCCCAAGUCCUUCUAGUCCAUCGGGGAAGAGUGACAAAGUUGUCAUAGUACGGAUUACAGUUUCGAUAGCAGUUGUGGCGGUUGCGCUUCUCACUGUGGUCUCGCUUACCAUAUUGUGGUACCGUAAGACAGUGAACAGAAAAAGAAAUGUGGAGCAUUUUUCUGGAGAAGGUUUUAUAGAGCGGGUGGAAAAGAAAAGGCAAAUCUUCAGAAACAGGAGAGACCCUGAAAGAACAGUAGAAUUGGAUUUUAUAGACAAAGACAGACCAGUCUUUGAUCUGGAUGAUCUUCUGGGAGCUUCUUCAGAACAAUUGGGGACGGGCAAAUUAGGAAGUACAUAUAAAGCAACCCUGGAGUGUGGAUCAGUUUUAACAGUAAAAAGGCUCGAGGACAUCAAUAAGUUAAUAAGUAACAAGGAUUUUGUUCAACAGAUGCAGUUGCUGGGAAAGAAAAGGCAUGAAAACUUAGUGGAGAUCAUAUCUUUCUACUAUUCCAAGGAUGAGAAGCUCAUUGUCUAUGAAUAUGUCAACCAUGGCAGCUUGUUUGAGCUUUUACAUGGAAACAGAAUGGAAAGAAGAACUCCAGUGAAGUGGAGUACAAGAUUGUCAAUUGUCAGAGGUGUAGCUGAGGGCCUGAAUUUCCUUCACCAAUCCAUGCCUUCUCACAAGGUUCCCCAUGCCAACCUCAAAUCCUCAAACAUUCUAAUCGAUCUCAAACAUCAAAAAUACCAUCCUAAGCUCACUGAUUUUGGAUUCCUGCCACUGCUAUCAUCUCGUAAAUCCUCUGAGAUGCUUGCCGCUGGACGAACACCAGAAUUCUCCCAAGCUCAGAAACUGACCCACAAAACCGAUGUCUACUGCUUUGGCAUAGUACUUCUAGAGGUCAUCACUGGACGGAUACCAGAGGCAUCUUCACCGGGAAAUGAUGAUGUGCCAAAUGAUCUUGCAGAAUGGGCAAGGGAGGUUGUUAACGAUGACUGGUCAACAGAUGUAUUGGACAUAGAGUUAGUAGCAACAGAAGAAGGCCACUGUGAGAUGUUCAGGCUCACAGAAAUCGCACUCGACUGUACAGCUAUUGAACCGGAGAAACGUCCGAGGAUGAGUGAAGUGUUGAGAAAAAUUGAAGAGAUUUGAGGAAAAAAGAAGCAAUUUGAGAGAAUGAAGUAGAAGAUGUAGAGUGAGUGAUAAUUUGAUCUUUCACUUCCAGUGGCUUCUUCUUGCUUGAUGCUGAUGAGUACAGAUUUGAGGCUCAACUCAAUAUUCAAUAUUGGCUCCCACUUGGUGCUGGGUAACUGGCCAAAUUUCAUGGGAAAAGAAGAAAAAACGAGUUAUUGACCAUUGUCAAGAAGCUCCCCCCCUUCGUGCAAUUGUAACCAAAACUACCCUGAAAACAUACAUACCCUCCAUUAAGUUUCCUUCAUUUGUAAUUUCAUCCUUUCUGUAAUCUACUUUCAGAUCAUCAAGUG